UUGAGCGGAUCAGUAUGGCGGUGAUUCUUCUGAACUGUGUAACACUGGGAAUGUACCAGCCUUGUGAGGACCAAAUCUGUGAUACCAUGCGAUGCCAAGUCCUCGAGAAAUUUGACCACUUCAUCUUUGCAUUUUUUGCCAUCGAGAUGAUUAUCAAGAUUGUAGCGAUGGGAUUGUGGGGGAAGCUGACCUAUCUAGACGAUUCCUGGAACCGCUUGGACUGCUUCAUUGUGUUGGCUGGCUCCAUAGAGUAUGGGAUCGACAGCGAGAACUUGAGUCUUUCAGCAAUCAGAACCAUCAGGGUACUGCGUCCACUGCGAGCUAUCAACCGAAUUCCCAGUAUGAGGAUACUGGUGAUGUUACUACUUGACACCCUUCCUAUGUUGGGAAACGUCCUCCUGCUGUGUUUUUUUGUUUUCUUUAUUUUUGGUAUAAUAGGAGUCCAGUUGUGGGCUGGAGUACUAAGAAACAGGUGUUUUUUAAAUAUCAGCGAAAACAUAUCUUAUGCACAUGCAAAUCUUAGCCCUUACUUCAUUCCAAAGAAACUGAACCAGGAUUAUAUAUGUAGCAUGCCUGGGGAGUCCGGUAUGCGUCAGUGUAAAGACUUCAAUAGAUAUGAAUAUGAAGGCAUUAGAUGCAAUGGGAGUGCCCGGCCUUUUAGCAAUAACACACCCACCAAUGACUCUUGUAUCAACUGGAAUCAAUACUACACAACCUGUAUGGCGGGAGACAAAAACCCAUUUCAAGGUGCAAUCUCCUUUGAUAACAUUGGUCUGGCUUGGGUAGCAAUAUUUCAGGUUAUAAGUCUGGAAAGUUGGGUGAACAUCAUGUAUUAUGUUCAGGAUGCUCAUUCCUUCUGGGAUUGGACAUACUUUGUUGCUCUUAUUGUUAUUGGCUCAUUUUUUAUGAUUAAUUUAUGCUUGGUUGUGAUAGCGACGCAAUUCUCUGAAACAAAAAAACGAGAAACAGAACGAAUGAUGCAAGAGCGGAAACGUUUUCAUUCAUCAAGUACUUUAGCCAGUAAUUCUGAACCUGGUGGCUGUUAUUCUGAAAUAUUAAAAUAUCUUGCUCAUUUAUGGCGGCGAGCCAAACGAGAUAUUGUGAAGUUUUAUUAUGAAGCUCGUGGACGGACUCACCCCCACAGAAAAAUAAAGCCAGAGAUGUCUCUACGGAAGCGCAAGAGAAAAGGUACACGCUAUACAAAGGGUUUGUCUCGUUACUCCAAACCUGGCUCAUGUCCCUGCUGCUCACAUCGGUGUAACUAUUAUUAUCAUGUACUUAACACUACUGACAAGCAUAUAUCACGCCGUAACAGUAGCCCGCUUGCACCUAGAGCUAGUCCUGAGAUGUCAGACAUAGAAUCUGUAUCUUCACCACAACGACCAAACUUUCUGACGGUACCAAGCAUGAACAGUGUGCGACUGUCAUCUUCGGACUCUGUUAAUACAUUGGCUUUGGCAGCCACUGAUGCGCUUGGCUCCUCGCUACUAAAGUCUUCCCCAAACCAUCUGGCCCUGCAUGCGGCCGGUGUGAGUAGAACCUCCUCAUUUACUGUCAGUAGGAAGCACCUUCCUUCACUGCCUGAGAUGCUUGCCACACAUUGUAAUAAAAAUGCUACCUUAGCCUCCACAAACACGCUGCUCCAAUCCUCUGACUGCUGUAGCUGUAGCCAGUCCAAACUCCACAACAAGGGCUGUCACAAGGGUCUACCAGAGGAGCUCCUGGACGUCAUCACAGACAAACAAAUUUCCAGCUAUCUAGUCAACGACUAUGACAAACAGAGCCAAUGUAAUCACUCCAGUCCCCAUGAUAACUGUGACAUGGACAGAUAUGAUAUAGAGCGUCGCAAAGAUUCCGACAAAAACAAACAUAAAACCAGUGGUUUAAGUAUAUUUCAAAACUUCAUGGAAAAGGUGGUGGAGCACCAGGUUUUUCAACGUGGUAUCAUGUUUGCCAUUCUCAUCAACACAGUUGGUAUGGGGAUAGAGUAUCACAAUCAGCCGAUGGAGCUUACCCAAGCAGUUGAGUACAGCAAUAUUGUCUUCUGUGUGCUGUUUGCGCUGGAGAUGUUAUUUAAACUGAUGGCCUAUGGACUCUUUGGCUACAUACAAAAUGGCUUCAAUGUUUUUGAUGGUUUUAUUGUGAUUCUCAGUAUUAUAGAACUUCUACAGGAAGAUGAAAACAGUGGGCUGUCUGUGCUACGAACAUUCCGUCUGCUACGUAUUCUAAAACUGGUACGUUUUAUGCCAGCGCUGCGUCGUCAGUUGGUAGUCAUGCUUAGGACCAUGGACAACGUCGCCACAUUCUUUGCUCUACUUGUCUUGUUUAUCUUCAUCUUCAGCAUCCUGGGAAUGAACUUAUUUGGGUGUAAGUUCUGGCGCAAAGUGAAUGGUCGCAAGUACCGUAAUCGCAAGAACUUUGAUUCCCUUCUGUGGGCCAUUAUUACAGUGUUUCAGGUACUAACACAAGAAGAUUGGAAUACUGUAUUGUAUAAUGGCAUGGAGACAACGUCUGCCUGGGCAUCACUUUACUUCAUAGCUCUGAUGACCUUCGGAAACUAUGUUCUCUUCAACCUGCUUGUGGCCAUCUUGGUGGAAGGCUUCUCGACAGAUGAGGAGGAAAAGAAGAAAAUGAGAGAGUGCAAAGUGAAGGAAGUACAAUCCAUGACAUCUGAAACGAACAAUAAUGAGGAGAAGAAUGAGACAAUUAAGCUGAAGACCAUAGACAUGGUACAGGUGAAAAUCAACAAUAAGGAGAAAGAAAAAAUGCUAGCAAUGUGUCCUAUAACAAUUAUUAAGGAAGAGAAAAAGGUGAAAUGUGCCCCAGUUCCUGAACCACCUAUCAUCACCCACACAGCAGCAACACCCAUGCCCACCCCACAGGGAUCUCCCAAUGAACACGGAUCGAAGGAUUACAACAAGGUCACACUCAACGUCCAUCCACCACGAGGAUCAACAUCAUCAAAGUCCUCCUCUACCAAUUUAAGUGUACGGUCCUCCCCACGCCUCUCUCCCCGGGUUUCUCCCUGUCUACGCCGUUCACAAAGUUAUGGAAGUAGGAACAGUUGGAAAGGCCGAAGAUCGCGGGAGGGUGACCGCCGUUACUUGGUGCCAGAUUGUAAGGUCGAUAGUAUGGACACUGAUGAUGACGAUGUAUUCCAGCCCAAUUGUAUCAUUGUCAAUAAUAGGCCUGAAUGCAAUGGACAUCUUCCUUUAAACAACCAGAGAACAUUUAGUCCUCAGAAUUCCUUCAAGAAACCACCAUUUCCAUCACCAAGAAACUCCAUCAAAAUCCGCAACAAUUCUGUGAGCAGUACUCAAAGUGUGUGUAACUCUAUCAUCCUAAGUCGUCAGAAUUCCUUCACCAGUGGUAGGACCAUGAACUCUCUGUCAUCAAUGAAUGGAAUCAAAGAUGAUUACAAACAGAACAAUCUGUCAUCAGAGCCAACAGGAGACACCAUCCCCCAGACCACACCUGAGGAUGAGGAGGAAGACCCAGAUGCCAUUGAUGAGGCGCCCCAGAUCAACUACAACGAGUGGCGCCUUUUGUACUUCAUCUCAUUCCUACUACUGGUUGGAUUUUUUGUCCUUAACAUGUUUGUUGGUGUGGUUGUAGAGAACUUUCACAAGUGUCGUGAAAACCAGGAGAAAGAAGAGAGAGCCAUUAGGGCUGCAAAACGCUCUCAGAAGAUGGAGGCCAAACGGAAGAAGCUCAACAGACCACCCUAUUGGGCCAACUACAACAAAUGCCGCCUGCUCAUCCAUGCUGUUGUCAAUAGUAAAUACUUUGACCUUGCCAUUGCUGGGGUUAUAGGGUUAAAUGUCAUCACCAUGGCAAUGGAAUAUUACAUGAUGCCUGCUGAGCUACAAUUUACUUUGAAGAUCUUCAAUUACUUUUUUACGAGUGUUUUCAUCAUCGAAGCCACAAUGAAGAUUAUAGCUCUGGGUAUGAUGAGGUACAUCAAGGACAGAUGGAACCAGCUGGACAUCCUCAUUGUCCUUCUCUCGAUUGUCGGCAUUAUAUUGGAGGAAAUGAAGACAAAUGUGAUUCCUAUCAAUCCUACCAUCAUCAGAGUAAUGAGGGUUCUACGCAUAGCACGGGUGCUGAAGUUGCUGAAAAUGGCCAAAAGUAUUCGUGCCCUGCUUGACACUGUCAUACAGGCCCUUCCACAGGUUGGCAAUCUAGGUCUUCUCUUCUUCCUCCUUUUCUUCAUUUUUGCUGCCCUUGGAGUGGAGUUGUUUGGCCGACUAGAGUGUUCACUGAACCAUCCCUGUGAGGGUCUUGGAGAACAUGCACACUUCCGUGAUUUUGGGAUGGCUUUCCUCACACUCUUCAGGGUUGCUACUGGUGACAACUGGAAUGGUAUCAUGAAGGACACACUACGCGAGGACUGUGAUGACUCAGCCAUUUGUCUGACCAACUGCUGUGUGAGUCCUAUAAUCGCUCCAGUCUACUUUGUCAUCUUUGUUCUCAUGGCCCAAUUUGUCCUGGUCAAUGUCGUUGUUGCAGUACUUAUGAAACAUCUAGAGGAAACUUACAAAUACAAAGAGUUGGACGAUGAGGUAGAGGAAGAACUCAGACACGAAAUGGAGGAUAAAAAUAAAACUGAAAUAUUUGAACUCAAAUAUCAGGAAUCUCAUCGUAUGGUGGAUGAAGAUGAUCUAUUAGAUGGUGAUGGUGAAGAUGACAAUGAGGAAGAAAAAGAAGAAUCAACUGGCCGUGAUGUCAAUGUUAAAGAAGAAGAGAUGGAGAUUAUGUUGAAAAUCAAAACACCUGUGCCAUCUUACGUUCGUAAGCUGAAGACUCCUGUUUGUAAACAGGCAUCCUUACCACCCAGUUUUACAUUCCGACCACCGAGUAACGAACCUCCAGAUGAAAAUGAACCUUCUCAUGGGUCUCUGUUGGUGCCUGUUGAUAUCACCAUAUCCAGUUUUGAUAGCAGUGUGGAUUUGUCAGGGUCCUCAACUUUAGAUGUACCCCUCACACCAUCUACCUGCUGUUCUGACAACUCCAGCUAUAUGGAAACUAACCUUGACAAUGCUCCACUGCCUGGAGAAGACACCAGAAACCAUAUGUGUCACUUACCACAGAUGAACUACCUAAACCCUAAUGUAAAAACUGUCAGUCCACAGCAAAAACAACGUUUUAAAGACAGAAAACUAGUACGCCAAAAGAGUUGUGAUUAUGAUAGCCCCCCAAUCAUUGAAGAGAGUACACGAGGAAAACUUCUGCUAGCUCCCUGUCAAAAAUAUCGUGAAAAAGUAUCUCAAUCACAGCCCUCUUUAUUGAUCGUAGAACCACACAGAGGUUCAAAAGUAUCCAAACUGUCAGCAUGUCCCAGCCGACGACGACUGAGCUAUCUUCAGAGAAGUCAGAGUAGUGGUGCUGAGAAAACUCGAGUGCGUGACCGCUACUGUUUUGGUGCUAAUACGCAGAGACAACAAAAUCAUACACAGCAUAAACACACAACAAAAGGCUACUCAGUCUUGCAUCCAUUGGCACAAGAGCCCAAAGUUUAUUCCCAUCCUGUGCAAUGUUCUAAAGAUAAAGCAGACACUCUCACAUCCUCCACUCACAAUUAUCUCCAUCAGCUUAAUCGUAGCAGCACAUGUGACUCACAGUCCAACGACUGCUCAACCACAAGUGAUUGGACAGGAGAUGAAGCAGCAUGUGAUGAGGAAGUGCGGCAAAUCACUGGUGAUGACACAGAGGAAGAAGAGCUUGGUGACAACCUCGGAGAGUUCUCCCCAGAUAUCCCUGGCGAACGUACCCUGUUACUGGCAGAGGCACCAGAGGAUGCGGCUGCUCGCAAUGGCACAAGCACAGGCACCUCGGGUAGUCGAGAGAGUAUAUUGGAAUCACAAGACAACAAUCAUCAGACGUGUCAGAGUGACACAAGUCCCACCGGCACCUCAGGUAGCAGAUACAGUAUGUUAGAUUCACAAGACAACAAACACAAGAUGUGUCAGGGUCCCACAGGCACCUCAGGUAGCAGACACAGUAUGUUAGAUUCACAAGACAACAAACACAAGAUGUGUGACAGUGACAAUAUUCCCAAUCAGCUUCCUACAGUGCCUUUUCAUGUACUUUCUACAGACACGAUUAGUUCCAGUAUAAAAAGUAAUAUCCUCUCCAGUUGUCAGGAUGAAAUUCCUAAACACCAUAGUAACCAAGACAGUAAGUGCAAUGGUGGUCAACCCCCUUUCUUAGUACACCCACUUUCCUCAGGAGAACCACUAGUAGACUUAGAGCAGGACACAGAUUGUGAUAAGUCAAAAAGAGACAUGUGCGUCACAGCAGACAAGGGGAGCAACUCUGAUAAACUUCCUGUGAUACAUUUUGAUGACCCAUUAGAAGUGCGCAGAAGACAUUGUUCCACAAAUUCAGAAGAUGGUGAAUGCUAGGCAUUGUAUGACAUGAUGUCCUGUUUUACUGAGUUUUAAAACAUAGCUUUAUUUAAAUCCAAGGGUUAUAUAUAUCAUUCCUAUAUUGUAAUGUUUACAGAGAAAACCAAGUUCAUUAAUUUGUGUUGUGCUCUGUUUUCAUCAUUACAGAGGUUUUAUCAUGUGUUUUACAUACUGAUCAUGAUUUUAGUGAUUGUUUUUAUCAUAGGUGUUUUACAUACUGAUCAUGAUUUUAGUGAUUGUUUUUAUUGUAGGUGGUUUACAUACUGAUCAUGAUUUUAGUGUUUUUUUACAUUACACAUUUGCAUAUAUGUAGAUAAAAAGGGUGUUACUUGUUCAAACAGUUUUAGUUGAUGUCUUUCUGCAGAAUCGUUUAAUUUCUAUAAUUCGAAAUUCUUUAUAAUACACUAUUUCCGGGCAGCAGGUUUACUCAUUAGGCUUUCAAGGUCACUCGACUUUCGGAACAUGUACGUAAUAACAAAAUGGUGACUUUAUUUAGGGUAUAUAAUAACAAAAUAGUUAUUUUAUUUAGGGUAUGUAAUAACAAAAUGGUGACUUUAUUUUUCCCUGGACAUCAUGGUGUAAUUGGUAGGUUCCCCAUUUCUCCCUGGACAUCUUGGUGUAAUCAGAAGGUUCCCUUUUUCUCCCUGGACAUCAUAGUGUAAUUGGUAGGUUUCCUUAUUCUUUCUGGACGUCAUAGUGUAAUCAGAAGGUUCCCUAUUUCCUACUGGACAUCAAAGUGUAAUUGGUAGGUUCCCUAAUUCUCCCUGGACAUCAAAGUGUAAUUGGUAGGUUCUCUAUUUUUCCCUUGACAUCUUGGUGUAACCAGAAGGUUCCCUUUUUAACGUCAGGAUGCCUUUGGCACCUGCCGUUAUAGUCGUGGUGGGUAAAUUUUGUUAGUCACACUUUUGUUUCCGGCUAACAACUUCUCUUUUCUGUAAUACAC